AUGGAGUUGAAUAAUAAUUUUGGUUUAAAUAAAAAAAAUCGUAUAAACUUGAAAGAUUUAUUGAUUCAAAUACUUUCAUUGUACUUAAUUACCAUAGCUAAUUUUGUUGUCUUUUUAUACAAGAAUAAUACAUGUCCCUCAAUAGCAGCUUUUAUAUUUAGAAUUCUUUACAAGUUUAAUGUUAUUCUUCAAAACUUUAAUACACCAGAUCGUCAAAACAACAGUGUUGUUUUAUUUUCUACUCCAAAAAUUCCUGGGAAAAAAAACUUGAAAUCUCGUUUUAUGGAAAAUAAUCUUUCACCAAUUGCAGAUACAAGUUGUACUCAAUGGAAUAAUCACAAUAUUACUGGAGUGUCAUUUUAA